UGCAACAGGUUAUUAUCGAUAAGAUGUAUAGUAUUUGCGGUCUUAGUCCGGAAACUAGACCACAGUUGGUCCCAAGCCCAAGCCACGGAUCGGGUGAUGCUGGCAGUCCCCUGUCCCUAGAACACUGGUACGUGUCCGACUUGGACGCCUGGUUACGAGACGGUGAAGUUCCGAGUCAAGAACUCGCUAAGCCUAAUUUAAACAUUCAGCAACAGAUGAAUAAUCUACUAGAUUCCAGCUUGUCUACUUACGGCAGCUCGUCUGCAGAACCAAAUGUACAUGUCAGAGAUAACUCCUCGAAGUUGACCGGUUCGGUCAUCUCCUAUCAGCAUUCAGUUCAUGUGAAUAUACCUUCCCCGGUAUCUUCAUUCAACUCUGUCCCUUCCGAGAGUCCAACCCUUUACGAUACCGUUCUUCCCACAACCAACCUGACGAAAGAUUCGAACACAUAUGGUAGCAUAUCUUAUUUGCCUAUACCAGUGCAAGAGAUCAAACAUGAGCUACCAGACAACUAUAGCGGUAGCAGCUGUAAUGAUGACCUGUCGUCAUCCAGUGGUUUUCUGCGGAACUUUAUAAAAACCGAAGAAGAGGUAACCGGUUCAUAUCAGCUGUCACAAGAGAAGUUUCAGCAAGUCCAGUAUCUUGCGAUGGAGCAGGUUUCCCACGACAUUGACCAAGCUUGUCAAGUGCUAGGAAUAUCCCGUGAUCCUAUUAAUUGGUCUGUGCAAGAUGUUCGCGCUUGGUUUCGAUGGACUUUAAAACAAUACAAUCUUCCCAGCAUCCUCCUUGAUAACUUUUCUAUGAAUGGUGUAUCGCUGUGCUCCCUGACAGAGGAAGAUUUCCAAUGCAGGGCUUCUCAAGACGGAGCAACACUCUUUGCCCAGUUAGACAUUUGGAAAAUAGCUGCGAAUAUGCGAAAAAACUGUCAAAGCAUAAGUACGUCACCUUUCCGAGUAGAAGACAGUAUUCUUGACAUGAAUGCUCUAUUAAACAAUUGGUCUUCAGGCUCAGUUUCAACAGUAAACACAUCAUCUGCUCAUACCAACCAAGUUACCACCGCAGGUAAAGAAGUACAAGCCGGACCCAUUCCCGCUUCAGUAGGUCCUGGAUGUGGAAGUGGUACUUUCAACAAUCCCUUCGUCUUGGGAACAGAAAAACUUCCUGUUCUUGCAAGCAGAAAAUUCACCAACGACAACUUUCAGAGUGACGAUGAAACAAGUGAAGACGGCUGUGACGUGGAUCGUAGUGGUGGUAGUACCAGGUCCGGACCACAUUCACACAUUCACCUGUGGCAGUUUCUAAAAGAGCUGUUAAGUCAGCCGCAGAUGUAUGGAAGUUGUAUCCGCUGGUUGGAUCGCUCUAAAAGCAUUUUUAAAAUCGAAGAUUCUGUCCGGGUUGCCCGCUUCUGGGGAAGGCGAAAAAAUAGACCGGCUAUGAAUUAUGAUAAACUUAGUCGAUCUAUUCGCCAAUACUACAAAAAAGGGAUCAUGAAAAAAACGGAGCGUUCACAACGGCUGGUGUACCAGUUCUGUCCUCCUUACGGACUAUAAGCUAAGACUAAUGGCAGCGUUAUCGAGCCUCGAGUGCAACAGCAUUUCGAGGUUUCCAUUUUGUAGUAUAUCCAUAAAAAUAUUCACACAUAUAUAGGUGUUGCCACACUGACCUAACUGGCUUUAUGGUAUGUGGUAUCACUCACUUAUGAUUUCCAACAAUUUAAUUGUUCAUUUGUAAAUAUUAUCAUGUUUAAUCUAUGGGCUGGCCCCAUAUACAAGAAUAUAUAUUGUGUUCGAUAAUAACAUAAUGAAUGGGCUUAUUGCAGUGACUGAUCCUGAAGGUAUGAUUCUUGAUCAGUCUGCAUAGUUAGAAAAACUUUCGUUUUCAAAAUUUAAAGUGCAAAAAGUUUUGUUUUAUUGUAUAUUAAAUUUUAUGUUUACCUUAACUCAGACAAACGUAGUAAAUGUAUUGUCGUUUUUUUAGCUAGCAUGCUUAAGCCUAGUCAGAAAAAAAUAUAUAAAUAAAUAUAUAUAUGUUUAUUUUACUUAAGUAGUGGUUUUGCCUAAUGUUUGAGUUGAUGCUCAGUCUCUGUUCGCAUGACACUCUUGACUCCUGGUGAGCCUAACAUAUGGAUUUAUAAUUGGAUCCUAGGAUGAUUGUCUAGCAAGCAGUGAUGCUGAUGCACACAAUCCACAAAAUUUUAGACAUGCUCCAGUAGUGGUGUUAUGAUUUUAAAAAAUAAGUGGAUUUGAAGAAACUCAAACUAUGGUGAAGUGUUUCACAUAUAUCAAUGAUAUAUAUUAGUAUGUUCUAAGAACACACUAUAAAUUCAGUUGUUCUCAUGUGAGGCAACUGAUAUUUUUUUUCUUACAUGUACGUUAGCUUAUACUGUAGAUUUUUGUUUAACCAAGUGUAUAGAUAUUUGUAUUCCUAGAGAAGACUUAUUGAGACCUAAGUUGUCUUGUAAAUUUUUUAUUUGUUUUUAGUCUCGCACUUCUUUCGAGGAUUCUAUAUUUUCUUUUUUAAAUACUGGGAAUAACAAAUGGAAAGAAGUAGUGAGGACUUGUAACUGGUGUUAGUUUAGUAUCAAUUUCGAUGGUAAGAGGGUGCUGUUAUUAGGAACUUUUAUUUACAAUGACUCAUGUAUGUCUUGAUAUACAUGAAAUCAUUUAUUUCAGAUAUUAUGUUGUGUGAUUUUAUGUCAUUUUGGGGCUAAUUUUUUUAUUUGAUGUAGUAUUUUUGUACAUUCCUUAUAAAAGUAGAUACUAACACAGUUUAGUAUUACCAAGUAGAGUAAAUGGCGUAUUUUGGGUGUAGUAAAAUUUUGUCUAAAAUGUGGCUCGCAUAAACUAAUAUGUGUUAUGGCUUAUAUGAACGUGGUAAAGUGUUUUAAUAAUAAUACUAGGAUUUAUUGUAGUGAUAGGAUUAUGUUUAAACUUUACUUUAGUAAAUGUAACUUUUCAGAGUUGAAAUAAAGUUUAUCUGAAAUUUUGUGAUUAA